GUAUGUAGUGAGUCAGAGUCGGGUUCAUUCAGUUUGCUAAAUUGCCGCGCAGUGAGCAGGCGUGCAUGUCGCAUUGCAAGCUUCUAAGAUCACAAAUGCCGAAUGCCGGCCUUUGAGCAAGUCGCGUGCCAUUACGUGGGAGCCCACAUUUUUGCGUUUCUCGAACACGGGCAUUCAUUCCACAUCCUUAGUACUACACAAUCCACCUGGAUCAAGUUAGCCUUCUCUUCCGAAAUCGAGAAUGCUACAUGUCUUUAAACUGCGACUCGUUUACCAGCAUGGUAAGGAAAAACUCGCCUACUCCCUUCCAGCUGUGGCACCAGCAGUGCAGAAUGCGCCUAAGAAACGGCGACAUUGACAGCAGCCUCCAGCGGCUGGGAUGUGGGGACGCCACGUGGAGCGGCAGAUGAGCUGUAAUCCGAUGUGCUCCCUCCUGGCACCUCGUCUCCUCCUCCUCCUCCUCCGCUCACCAUUCGAUGGCUCACAGCCCCACCCUCCUUUCCCCGCAUUCAAUCAUCGCGCCAUCAGCGCCAUCAGCGUCCUCCCUCUGCGAUCCCUCCCGUCGCAUCACAGAUACUAAGAGCCUCUCUGACCUCUCUGACUUCCAGGCGGCCACAGAUAGACAAGACCAGUGCAGCAUUGCCGCCAGUUCAGCGACACAGCUUAGCGGAUCUCCGGAUUUUAGGUCACGCGAACGCAGCGACAUCAGCCGCAACGACAUCAGAGGCAGCGACAUCAGCCGCAGCGACAGGUGUAGUAGCACCAGCGACCAUCUUCGAGCGACGCUAAUGGACUCCGCAGAUAGUCCCCCUGGUCCCACCCCACCUGGCCCGCACCACCACUCCUCCCACAGCAGCGGCAGCAUCAAUACCAGCGGCAGCUCCGCCUACCCAGGCGGAGGCGGAGGCAGCUCCGCGCUAGGCGGGCGGCGGGGCAGCAGCAACGACUUGCUAGUGGCGGCGCUGUCGGUUUCCGCCUCUUCCUCUUCCGCUGGCCCCAGCUCCCCCCGCCUCUUCCCCCAACAUCUCGCGAUAAUGCAGCGCCGCCGCAACCAGUCCCCCUCCUCCUCCCCCGGCCCUCCGACAACCAUACGCGCAAUGGGCCCCCCUCCCCCGGCGCCUCUUUUAGGGGAAACCGCAGAGCUUUCCGGGCGAAGUAGCAGCAGCUUAGGUGGCGGUAGAGGUGGUGGCGCCGACAGCGGAGGCGGAGGCGGAAGCGGAGGCGGAAGCGGCGGAGGCGGGGGUCCUGUUCUCACGCGCUCUCGGUCGACUAACUCCCCAUCGUCAUCGCCCAUCCACCCCGUGUAUUCCGCCGCGAAUCCCGUUCCCAAUUACCCCCCUCCUCCGUCCACCUCCUCCCCGCCCCUCUUUGCGGCUCCUUCCGCCAAUGCUCCGCCGUCUGGCGCGCUUCCGGGCCCCGCGCUUCCCCCGCUGUCGUCGUCGCACGCGAGCAUGUUCGUGGGGCAAUCGCGCGCCAUGAUGAUGCUGCUGGACCGUUGGACGGGACGCGUCGUACAGGCGAGUGGUUCGGCGGUGGCGGCGGUGGGCAUGAGCCGCGAGCAGCUGGCGGACGUGUCGCUGCUGGACGUGGCGCAGGGCGUGCGCAUGGCGCAGUGGCGCACGGCCGUCGCGGACGUGUUCGCGGGGGGAGAGGGGGGCGCUGCUGUUCUGCGCUUCUCCCUGCCGGACUCCCUGCGGGGCAAUCUAGCGGGGUACAGCGUGGACCUCACUCUGCAGCCCUGCCGCCCCGUGCCCGACCCCCGAGCCGUCAUCGGCACCCUCGCACUCGUCCGCUCCUUCCCUGCUGCUGCUGCUGGUGCUGCUGUUGGUGCUGGUGCUGGUGCUGGUGCUGGUGCUGGUGCUGGUGCUGGUGCUGGUGCUGGUGCUGGUGCUGGCACGGGCGCUCGUCUCCCUGUGCCUUCGUCUUCUGGCCGUGGCAGUGGUAGUGGUGGCAGUGGUGGUGGUAGCGUGGCUGUACCAUGUGCAGUCAGUGUGGACUCUGCUGCUGCCCUCGCUGCCAUGGCCAAUCGCCUCCCCACCAUCCCAAUCAGUAUCAGCGCAUGCUCGGACGAUAACGACGAUCCGGACUCCACUCCUGCUGCUGCUUCUGCUGCUGCUGACGGUGCUGCUGGUGCCGGUGGUUCGGCAGUAGGUGGGUCAAAGAAGCUCAUGCGGAAAUUCGCAUCGCUUCUCUCGGCAGGAGGAAAGCCGCCGUCCCGCCUAGCCUCGUCCCCAGGCUCGGAUAGCGGAGGCUCGACACCACUGUCUCUCGUGAUUUCCGACCCGACCUUUGACAGCGGUCCGGACAGUGGGGGGAGCAGCAAGGGAGGGGACUUAGAGGGCGGUCCUGGUGCUGGUGCCGGUGGUGGGGGAGGAGGGAGGGAGGGAGGAGGGAAGGAAGGAGGAGGAGGGGGUGGGUGGUGGGAGCGACACGGGUUUGAAGUGCAGACGCCGGGAAGGCGGUUAAUUCGGCGGUGGGGGUCAGUGGGGGGAAGUGGAGAGAGGGGAGCAUCCGGAAAGGAGGCCACGACCCCCUCCUCCUCUCACUACUCCAUUUUCUCCAAUCGCCCCCCUCCUGGGGGCAGCGCAGAGAAGCAGAGGGGAGGAGGAGGCGGCGGAAUUGGAGGGGGAGUGGGAGGAGAAGGGGGGGCAUCCCCCAGCCAUGCGCCUGUCCCUGCCCCUGCCCCUGCCCCUGCCCCUGUCCCUCCCCCUGCCCCUUUCCCUGUUCCUGCUCCCGUUCCUGCUCCUGUUCCCGCCGCUCCUGUGCCUGCUGCUGGAGCGCUGUUCCCACGGCGCCGCCGCUCACACUCCCGAGGGGCUUCGCUGUCAGAUAGUGAGGGGUCUCGCCUCAUGCAGGUGUCGUUUGGUCCUGGGUACGAGAAGGGGGGAGCGGCAGAGGGAGGGGGAGGGGGAGGAGGUGGAGAGUGGGGAGCAGCAGCCGCAGCAGUUGCUGCUGGUGCUGCUGUUGGCAACACUUGCAGCAGCCGUGCAAACAGCAGCAACAACGGCACCAGUGCUAGCAGCAAAUGGCAGGAGGAAAGUCGAGGUCAGGGAGGGAGUGGUACACUGGCAGGGGGAGGAGGAGGUGGGGUCGGAGGAGGAGCAGCAGGAGGAGGAGGAGGAGACGACUCACCCGUGCUCCUCAAUCUCCCCCCCUCCUUCGUCAGGCGCAGCAGCAGCACCGGCAGCUCCCCAGGUCUCCGCCCUUCCCUCCCCCACGGGCCCCCAUCACUGAAGCACAGCCUGAGCCUCGUUAUCCCCACAGGCGGGGAUGACGACAGGGGCGAGGGAGAGGACGAGGGGAGCGAGAGGGACGAGAGUGUGGGAGAGUUGGGGGAUGCAGGAGAGGGGACGCCAGGGGAUGACGGGGCGGAUGGAGACGGGGGAGUGGGGGGAGGGGGAGCGGCGAGAGGGUCGGGAUUCAAGCCUCCGUUGGGAAUAGGAGGCAUGGGCGGAGCAGGAGGCGCAGGCACGGGAGCGACAGGCACGGUAGCGAUAGGUACGGGAGUGAUAGGCACGGGAGCCGGGCCAGGCAUGGGAGCAGGAGGAGGGGGAGGAGGUGCGGAGCGGUCGUCUCGGCCAGCACGGAGGCGGUUCAUGGAGGUGCAGACCCCAGGCAGGGCCAUGUGGCGGUCCUCCUCCUUCAAGAGCGGCCGCGACAAGGACAAGGAAGAUGCAGCGGCAGCGUCCCUGGCGCUGGCUGAAUCCCUCAAUCUGUCUGCGGGGGCCGCACCACUUUCUGCUGCAUCCCUGUCGGCUGCAUCGCUGGCUGCGGCGCCGCUGUCUGUGGGCAUUGCAGGGGACCUCAUCCACGGCACGUCGGCUCCCAGCAGCCCUAGGGCGAGCAAGGUGGUUAGCCUGGCUGGCGGGCAUGUGUGGGGCGCUGCUGUGGCGGUGGGGAGGAGCAGCAGCGGGGAGGGGAUCGGUGCAAGCAGCGCCGGUGGUGGCGGCGGCGGUGGUGCCGGUGCUGGUGCUGGUGGGUUUGGUGAUGCUGCUGGUGGCAGGUUGAAAGGAGGCCGAGGGUCCGAGAAGGAGCGGGCACGGCGAGCGAAGAAGGGAGGAGGGCUUGCAGACGAAUGGGGCGACUUGGGAGGAGGAGGGGGAGGGGGAGGAGGCGGGAAGGGAGUGGGGAGCAAAGGGGUGGGCGGAGGGAGGUGGUUAGCCCCAAUGAACGCGCUCUUCUCCAACAAGAGCAGCAGCAGCGACAGCAGCAAGGGCGCAGGCGGGGGGUUCCCGGGGAUGCCCAAGCCGAAGAAGCUGAUCAAGGGCAACUGGGACAUGUGGGUGUGUGAGGGCUGGGACAGCAUUGCUGCUGGGGACAUUGACCUCUCCGCUCCUCCAGGGGCAGCAGGGGCAGCAGGGGCAGGAGGCGCAGCAGGGGCAGGAGGAAUAGAUGGGUUUGGACUUGGAGCAGCAGGAGGAGGAGGAGGUGGGGGAGGGGAAGGCAAGAGGCAUAGUUUCUCGCCGUUUCCCCCCCGCCUGCACAUGGCUGCGGCGCCAGACGAGCCUGUGCGCAGCAGGAGUGCGGGGCGCACCGGGCUGAGGCACGAGGCAGUCACUCCCGGGCCCAGGGCCAAGGGCAGGAGCCUGUGGGGCUCCGAGAAGGGAAUCGGCGCUGCUGCUUCUGCUGCUUCUGCUGCUGCUGCUCUUUCCGCUGGAGAUCUGAUCGCCCCUGUCCUUGGUGGUGGUGGUGAUGGUGGUAUUUCCUUGGCCUUAAUUGCUGAUGCUGCUGCUGAUUUUGCUGGUGGUGCUGGUUCUGCGGUGGGUGCAGCGGAUGCAGCUGGGGAUCGCAGGAGAAUGCUGAUGAAGCUGCGAUCUGGUCGCAGGGGCGGGUCCCGAGGGGAGAUGGACUAUGCUGCAUGGAACCUGCGGGCGGCAGGCGAAGGGGACGGGGGCGAUGCGGAGGGGAAGGUAGCAGCGAUCAAGGGCAACGAGGAGGGUAAAGUUGGAUGGGAGGGGGCAGGAGAGGCGGCUAGGGAGCGCGAUGGGGGGGAUGGCAGUGGCGGGAAGGCAGUGGGGGAGGGCGGGAAGGGAGUGGGGGAUGGUGGGAAGGGCAGGGAGGGGGUGACGGACAUUGAGAAGCUAGAGCCGAGGAGAAUGCUGAUGCGGCUGAGGUCAGGCAGGAGGAGUGGGUCCCGGGGCGACCUGGAGUUUGCUGCUCUCAGGGCCGGGGCAGCUGUGGGGCCAGGGGGAUUGGGCGGGGCAGCAGUGGGGCCAGGGGGAUUGGGGGGGGAGGAAGAGAGAGACGCAGGAGGGAAGGAGGGAGAGAAGGAGAAAGAUGGUGCCAAGGUGGAGAGGCCUGAUCCCCGGAGAAUGCUGAUGAAGCUGCGGUCAGGGAGGAGGGAAGAGCUGGCCGAGAGUGCUGUUGUGCAUGUGGGGAUGGGAGGAAAGGAGAGGGAAGAGGUGAAGGGGUGGGCGGAAGGGGGGGGUGGUGAAGCAGCAGCAGCAGCAGCGAGGCCCGACCCUCGGAGAAUGCUGAUGAAGCUGCGGUCAGGGAGGAGGGAGGGCAUCUUGGACGGGCUGGAUAUGGAUGCAGGGAGGGAGAAGAAGGUGGAGGAGGGAUGGAAGACGGAGGAGGGAGGGAAGAAGGAGGAGGAGUGGGUUGGGCAGGAGGUGAGCGGUAAGCAAGGGGAAGGGAACGUCGAUGAGGCGAGACCAGCAGAGUUAUGGAGUGCGGGCACAGGUGUUGGCAGGAGCAGGGAGAGGAGUGGGACAUGCGUCGUGGAGGGCAGUGACGAGGGUGAUGCGCUCGUGCUUGCGGUUGGGAGGGAGGAGAAGGAAGAGGCGACCAAAGCAACAGAGGCAAAGGCAGAGGCGGAGGUAGAGGCAGAGGCAGCGGAUAGGAGGGUGCAGGAGCAGGAGCAGGCGAGGGAGGAGGCGGUGAGGCGCGAGCUGCAGCAAGUGGAAGACGAGAUGGCAGCGCUAGAGAGCAUGCUGGGCGGACUGAGAAGUAUACAGGAGAAGUCCAAGGUCCUGGAGAGGGACGAGGAGAAGGAGGAGGGAAGGGAGGGGAGCGUGGGGAGGGACGAGGAGCACGGAGGGAGGGACAAGGUGAAGGGAGAGAAGGAGGAGGAUGGUGGGGAGGGGAGUGAGGAAGAGGGGGGCAGUGUGGUGGAGCAUGGGAGUGAGGGGAGGGAGGAUGGUGACGUGGCAGUGAUGCGGGAUGUGGAAGCGGCAGAGGGCCAAGGGGAGGAGGCUGUUAGUGGUGCGGGGGAGGUGGAAGAUGAGGAGGUGGAGGAUGGUGUGGCAGGGGAUAGGUUGCAGGAUGAUUCGAGCGCGCAUGGGCCCUCGGGGUCUUCGUCGUGUGGGAGCGAUGCGGCUAUGUGUGCCAAGUGCAUCGGUGCUGCUGAAUCAUGGGUCAGCAAUCUCCUCUCGCAGGCAUCUCUGGGCUUCGCUGUGCUGCAGCCCCCCUCUGGGCGCCUCGUGCUCGCCAACCCCACCCUGUCACUCCUGCUGGGCCUGCCCCCCUCUGCUCUCGCCCCUGGCACGAGCCUCCCUGCUGCUCUGCCUGAGACGCAACGAGCUGCAGUCCAGACAUGGCUGGAGCAAGCUGCUGCAGGCGUCGCAGUUUCUCCUCUCACUCUCUGCGUAGACUCACCACCAAUUGCAUCACCCACAGGCGCGCAAGAGCCCUCUCCCACAGUUACUCUCCUCUCCGCUCCGCACCUCCUGCCCCAAUCAGCUACAGCAACCCAACAGCCCCUUCUCACUGUUCUCGUGAUCAAGGGCGCUGCGGUGUGAUUCCACUGCCUCUUAUUUCUUGUUGAGCUUUCACCUGCUUAUGGUUACUACGGAGGAAUAUGAAUUCUACCACAGGUUCAGUGCAGGUGAGUUGACAUUGGCCAGUAGUUCCAUUGAACGCUGAGUAGUUGAAUCUAGAGGACGCCUCGAUGAAGGGCACGUACGCUGUUUGCCUCUGCAGAGGGAGGAAGCGGACAUUAGUUGUGAACUAGUCUAGGAGCACUACGUCAUGACUUCUAUUGGGUGCUUUGUCCGAUUUACUAGGAUAAUUACAG